AUGCAUCACUUCUUUUCCAUGUUGUUUUCACUGCUAGCCAUUAUUGGGCCUGUGAGCGUUCAGUCCGCAGGAAGACGUGCUGAGCGGAGCAGCGACCGAUCUUACAGAUCUGUGCUGAAGGUGUCGAAUGGAGGGCCGUGGGGAUCGUGGGGGGUUAUUAGCAUGUGUCCAAGUGGAACGUACGCCGACGCGUUUAGUCUGAAGGUGGAAUCAGCUAAUUAUUUUGGUGGUGAUGAUACAGCACUCAAUGGGAUUCGUCUUUACUGUGUCGAUCGGCCAGGCGCAAACGAAUACACCGUAAUUACGUCUGACGUAGGAGGCUGGGGCGAGUGGAGAGAUAAGCAAUCGUGUUCUUCUGGAUUCUUGAACACUUUCUGGCUGAGAGUUGAAUCUCCCCGAGGAUCUGGAGAUGAUACGGCCGCAAACAACAUCGAUUUCAAAUGCAGUGGUUGGGUGACCGGUGACGGCCUAGUCUGGGGUGAAUAUGGCGACUGGAGUCCAACGUGUGAAGGAAAAGGAAUCUGCGGCUUACAGACCCGUGUAGAAGAGUCACAGGGAAGCGAAGGAGACGACACCGCUCUCAAUGACGUGAUCAUGUUCUGCUGUGAUUAAGGUGAUGUGAUCGCAAUUAAAAACUCAGGCUGACACACACUGCACAUCAACUAAAUCUGAUUUUUCUUU